AAACCCCAAAUUCCUUUUGUCACUCUAUUCUCUUCGACUUCAACUCAAAAUCACAAAAAAGUUGAAAAGAAAUCACUUUCCUUCUCUUUCUUCUCAUCCUUCAAAAUCCACCCUCUUGAAGAAAAGGCAUAGCCAUUGCCAAAGCUCCUCUUUUUUUUUUUUUUUUUCCUUGACAAAAAGAGAAGAAGAAAAAUGGGUUCAAAAUCCCAAGUUCUAUUGAACCCACAAGCUUUGUUGGAAGAUCAUCAAGAAGUGACACCAAAUUCUCAAAUGGGUUUCUUCAAUUUCCCUUCAAAUUUAACCUUUUUUCAACUUCCUUCAAUCCCUCAAACCCAUUCUCCUUCACCUUCAUUUGAUCCUCCAAAUUUCUCCACUUCCAAUAACAAUACCAAUAAUAAUAAUAAUAACAAUUCCAAUAAUCUUUCUGAAACCCUACUUUCUUCUUCUAUUUUGCCUCUCAAAUCCUCCAUUUCCUAUGAAAUUGCACCCCAACAUCUUCUUUCCUUGCAAACAUCCACUCCAAAUCUAUGGCCAUGGGGAGAAAUUGGAGAAAGACUAUUGAUGAAUGGGAAGAGAUCAAAUAAUAAUGAGAAUAAUAAUAAUCAAUUGGGAGUAUCAAAAAUGAAGAUGAAGAAAAUGAAAGGAAGAAGAAAAGUGAGAGAGCCAAGAUUCUCAUUCAAGACCAUGAGCGAUGUUGAUGUUCUUGAUGAUGGUUACAAAUGGAGAAAAUAUGGACAGAAAGUGGUAAAAAACACACAACAUCCUAGAAGCUAUUAUCGUUGUACACAAGAUCAUUGUAGGGUUAAGAAAAGAGUAGAGAGAUUAGCUGAGGAUCCAAGAAUGGUGAUUACAACUUAUGAAGGCAGACAUGUUCAUUCUCCUUCCCAUGAUUCUGAAGAUUCUGAAGCUCAAACCCAUCUCAAUAAUUUCUUUUGGUAAUAAUGAAGCAAAAGAGAGGGGGAAAAAGGAAGCAAAUAGGGUUAUUGAUGGGCCUAUAUGAAUAUUUGUUUGUAUUAUUUUGUUUGUGUUUUUAGUUAGUGUAUUUUAGCUUUUGGGUAUGUUAGGGUAACUUUGUUGUAAUGACUUUGGUUCUUUUGUCCAUCUCUUCUAUUCCCUUCUUGUGUUUGGUAAUGUAGGGAAAAGAGAUGGAAAUGAACCUUAGUCAUGUGUGUGUGCUCUUUUUCUUUCUUUCUUUAUUUUCAUUUUAACUGCAUUAUGUUUCUUUACCUAUCAAAUGAUCAGAGGGAUAAAAGAAAAAAAGAAAAACAAAAAGAAACUAAAUCGAGUACUUUCGAGUUUCCAUCAAA